AAAUGACGGAAUCCGGAAAUGAAGGGGGAACCUGAGGACCCGGCACUCACUAGUAGGUACCAUGGCGAAACGCAUCCCGGUACCUCAGCUCGAGGGGGUCACGCGUGAAGAGUUCCUGCAACGCAUUUAUCCGCAGAGAAAGCCAGUAGUGCUGAAAGGAAUUGACCUUGGAACAUGUACAACCAAAUGGACAGUAGAUUACAUCAGUCAAGUAGGAGGAGCUAAAGAAGUGAAGAUUCAUGUUUCAGCAGUUCCACAGAUGGACUUCAUCAGUAAGAACUUUGUGUAUAGAACUUUGCCUUUUGACAAAUUUAUACACAGAGCAGCAGAAAACAAGCACACAGAGUUCUUUAUUUCAGAGGAUGAGAAGUACUACUUGAGAUCACUUGGUGAAGAUCCUAGAAAGGAUAUUGCAGACAUCAGAAAACAGUUUCCUUUAUUAGAAGAAGAUAUCAAGAUUCCUGAAUUCUUUGAAAAGGAACAAUUCUUUUCUAGUGUCUUUCGUAUUAGUUCACCAGGAUUACAGCUGUGGACUCACUAUGAUGUUAUGGAUAAUUUCUUAAUCCAAGUGACAGGGAAAAAACGUGUUGUAUUGUUCAGUCCUCGAGAUGCCCAGUAUUUGUAUUUAUCAGGAACUAAAUCAGAGGUGCUGAAUCUGGAUAACCCAGAUCUGAAUAAAUAUCCACUAUUUUUUAAAGCUAGGAGGUUUGAAUGUGUCCUUGAAGCAGGGGAUGUAUUGUUCAUUCCUGCUUUAUGGUUCCAUAAUGUAAUCUCAGAAGAGUUUGGAGUAGGAGUGAAUGUUUUUUGGAAGCACCUUUCUUCUGAAUGCUAUGAUAAGACAGACACCUAUGGAAACAAAGAUCCUACAGCAGCCUCAAGAGCUAUACAGAUUUUGGACAGAGCCUUAAAAACACUUGAAGUGUUACCAGAGGAGUACAGGGAUUUUUAUGCACGGCGAAUGGUCUUACGAAUUCAAGAUAAAGCUUUUAGCUCUAACUAUGAAUAGAUAGUACACUAAAAUAAGCUGCUUAGAAAAUUCAUACAUUGUACAGAAAUACUUAAAUAAAAAAUUAUUUUAAAAUCUUUU